CCAAUAAUUCUAUAGUAAGAGACAAGGAGGCUUAAAUAAGGAUGUUUGUGGUCUAACAGAGCGCUGCUGAAACGAUCCACGUGUUAUUGCAUGCCAUACCCACACCGGCCUCUUGUCAUAUGGUCAGCGUAACGUACACAGUAAACAUUGCGGAAAAUGCCUCCUAAAAAACAAGGGGUUGAAGAACAGAAGCCUUUAAUCGGGCGCGUCGGAACCAACCUGAAGGUAGGCAUUGUCGGCAUUCCGAAUGUAGGCAAAUCUACCUUUUUCAACGUGCUCACUAAAUCUCAAGCAGCUGCGGAAAAUUUCCCUUUCUGCACAAUCGACCCUAAUGAAAGUCGUGUUCCAGUGCCUGACGAACGCUUUGAUUUCCUUUGCGAGCACCACAAACCCGUCAGCAAAGUUCCGGCCUUCCUCAAUGUGGUGGAUAUUGCUGGUCUCGUGAAAGGCGCCUCUGAAGGCCAAGGUCUGGGCAACGCAUUUUUGUCCAACAUCAAGGCUUGCGAUGCGAUUUUCCACCUUUGCAGGGCUUUUGACGACGACGACGUUACCCAUGUUGAGGGCGAAGUCAACCCCGUGAACGACCUGACGGUCAUUUCCGAGGAGCUCAGACUCAAGGACGAGGAAGUGAUGCUUCAGACACUGGAUAAGUUUGAAAAGACUGUUCUUCGUGGCGGAGACAAGAAAAUGAAGCCCGAAUAUGACAUCCUUUGCAAGGUGAAGCAACUGCUGGUUGAUGAGAAAAAGCACAUUAGAUUUGGAGAAUGGAACGCCAAUGAUAUUGAAGUUUUGAACAAGUACCUGUUCCUCACAUCCAAGCCAGUUAUUUACUUGAUCAACCUCUCUGAGAAGGACUACAUCCGCAAAAAGAAUAAAUGGCUGAUCAAAAUCAAGGAGUGGGUUGACAAGAACGACCCUGGCGCAAUUAUCAUUCCGUUCUCUGGCAUUUUUGAGAGCAAGAUUUUUGACAUGGAUGAAGCUACAAAGGAGGCAUACUUGAAGGAGCAGGGGACAUCAAGCAUCCUGGACAAAAUCAUCGUGCAGGGUUACAAGGCUCUUCAGCUGAUUUACUUCUUCACCGCUGGAGCUGAUGAGGUCAAAGCCUGGACAAUUCAGAAAGGAGCCAAGGCACCUCAAGCCGCUGGCAGAAUCCACACGGACUUUGAAAAAGGCUUCAUCAUGGCGGAGGUGAUGCAUUUCAACGACUUCAAAGAAGAAGGCACUGAGGCUAAUUGCAAGGCUGCAGGCAAAUACCGCCAGCAAGGGAGGAACUACGUCGUCGAGGAUGGUGACAUUAUUUUCUUCAAGUUCAACGCAGGGGCUGGCUUGAAGGACCCAAAGAAGAAGUAGAUAUGGGGGAAAUUCAACACAUUCAAGGGAUCAUUUGCCAAGCAUUUCUUUUUAUUAAGUAAUUAUAUUGAGCUUCUGUGAAAGUGACAAUUUUUAUAUUAAUUCAACUGUCCCUGAUAUUUAAUUUUUGCUUGAUCGAAUAAAGCAGACCCUGAAUUAUUAAAUCGAAAAA